CUGUCAGACGGACGAAGUUGCGUUGCGUGUCACUCCGUGCAAAUCGAUCCGGCGAGCCGGAAAACAGCAGGUGUCUAGAUUUGACACGCGGGAAAAGGAAUCUUCUCCGCGGAUCGAAAUGAUUAGUGUGGGUCUUCUUUGAGUGAUAUUCCCUCUCUCUAUCUCUCUCUCUCUCUCUCGCGCGCGCGCAUCUUCGUGCACCACGUGUAGAGAUUAUCUCUCUUCGACAUACUCUCGCGAACGCAGCGGACACGCAACGAGUCGUCAAUAAUGCAAAGUGUGAUAAAUUCAGUGAAGGGCACCGCGUUGGGUGUCGCCGAAUAUUUGACGCCGGUACUGAAGGAGAGCAAAUUCCGAGAGACAGGUGUCUUGACACCAGAGGAAUUUGUAGCAGCUGGAGAUCAUUUGGUACAUCAUUGUCCUACAUGGCAAUGGGCCACUGGUGAUGAGGAUAGAGCAAAGUCUUAUUUACCAAAGGGCAAGCAAUUUCUACUCACUCGUAAUGUGCCCUGCACACGCCGUUGUAAGCAGAUGGAGUAUAGCAACGAGCAAGAAUGUAUCAUAGAAGCAGAUGAUCCUGAAGGUGGCUGGGUAGAUACUCAUCAUUAUGCAACUAGUCUUGCUGGCUUAGAUGAACGAGUAACGGAAAUGUCUCUGGAGGAGACAUUGGAGGAGCCAUCACAAACUCAUGAUAAUGCAGAUGAAGAUGAGGAUGAUGAGGACGCUGCCGAUAUGGACGCUUUUGAAAUUAGCGGAAUGCUAGAUGAACAAGAUAAGCACACGGCGACGGAAACUACCAAGAAAUCUGGUCAAGAGAAACGGGAUUCAUUUACGGAGGGAGAAAUUAUUCGCACUCGCACCUAUGAUUUGUACAUUACAUAUGAUAAAUAUUAUCAAACGCCUAGAUUAUGGUUGUAUGGAUACAAUGAGAAUCGGAAACCGCUUAGUGUAGAAGAGAUGUACGAAGAUGUUAGUCAGGAUCAUGCUAAGAAAACAGUUACAAUGGAAACUCACCCGCAUAUACCUGGUCCUCCUAUGGCUUCUGUUCAUCCAUGCAGGCACGCGGAAGUGAUGAAAAAAAUCAUGGAGACAGUAAUGGAAGGUGGCGGAGAAUUGGGAGUGCAUAUGUACCUCAUAAUAUUCCUGAAAUUUGUUCAAUCAGUCAUACCGACUAUCGAGUACGAUUAUACGCAAAAUUUUAUGCUAAAUGCAAUCGGUUAAAUGUGUCACACUAGUAUUAAAUUACUUUCAUUAUAUUGUGAUUAAUAUAAAUCGCUUGCGAACUGUAUUUAGUGGAUACACGGGAUAUUUAUGUAUAUCGAUGUUUACUACGCUUUUCAUCGUAAAUGCGAAGAUUAUAAGGAUAUUCGAAAUUGUAAGCUAAGAAUAUGUAUUAGGAUUAUGUUCUAUUUAACGAUUGCAAUGCUCGCAAGCAUUAUCCGCCUUUGUUUAUUGGUGAGGAAUAAGAAUAAAAUCAUCCUACGAGUGUUGCGAUCGCUAAAUGAAACCUAAGUGUAUUGUGAAUUCGAGGAGAGUCAUGAUUAUGAAUUUAAGAAAAUAUAAUAUCCUAUAUGAACAUCAUCCAUUCCCGAGAAUCCAAAGAUAUCACAUUGCACGGAUCUCAAACGUUUAGCAUUUAAGGGGAUCCGUUUAUAUACUCGUUUUGAUCAAUUUUAAGUAAACGAACCGUAAGACUUUUUACAUUGCAAAAUACUGAAUUAUAAAAAUAUUAUUUGAUCCAAUAAUCUUUAGACAAUAAGUAAAGAAUAAAGGCUAUGCUAAAAGCAACGAAUUCAAUAGAGAAAUAUAAAAAAAAAAUUUCCUAUACAUUAAUAAAAAAAUUUCAUAUACAUUAAUAAUUAAGAUAAUUAUUUGUUGGCUUAUUAUUUACAAAAACAAAAGUUUAAAUAUUUAUCAAAAUUUAUUAUAAUGAUUUAUUACGAAAAUAAAUUGGAAUAUUAUAAACAUUA